UGAAAAAUGUACGCCAGUCCAUCCUGAAAGCUCACGAACGCUAUAACAAAUCAUUCAAUUAUCCCGACAAGAUGCGCUUUGAAAUUGUUUGUCUGCUGGCUCUGGCCGCAGUUUCCGCUUACGCCACAUCACCAGUCGCUCCCGCCCAGCCGGAACGAUUUCUCCUAUCCACCGGCACUUUGUCGUUCACCACCUUCACGGUCGUCAAGUACAGCACCACCAUCACCACCACUUUUACGUCCACCACCAGCUGCACGACCUCAACAGCCGCCCUGACCACUUGCACCAUCGGCCGACGUCGUCGCGGUCUCUUCUACGACGAAGCCGCCGCCCAGGGCCGUGACCGACGCGGACUCUUUUACAACGACGAAGAGGUCGACAGCAAGGACGGCAGUGUCUUCCUUCCAUCUGAAAAGGCCAGCGAUCCAGUCGCCGAGGUGAGCAGCACAUCGAUCGACGAAUCUUCCGUCGUUCCUUUGGAAAUUGAAGCCGGAUUCGCCGUGCCGGAAGGCAGCGGACCCAACCGCUUCUUGCUGGCCAUUGGCACGUCGACCAUCACCAGUAUCAUCGUCACCUCCACCACCGUUAGUCUGACAGCCUUCUGCGCCAGCACGAGCGGUUUCCCCGUCUGCGGAGGUGCCGGCAAAUAAAAAUUCAAAUUGAAUGGCCAAUAAUCACUACUAUACGUUAAUUAACCGUUUAUGCUAUUUGGAAAUUGAUUGAUAUCGCGUCAUCCACUUAUAUUAUACAUACAUGAACAUUUUGUUAUUCCUUCUGAAUAAGUUAAAGCAAUAAACAUUGAACCAGCAUCAA